UUCAUUUCUCAAACUCCGCCAUGUUUUGAGAUUUUGCGGAGAGGUGUGUUGGUUGGGUUACGGAGAGGGUAGCAACAUUUUACAUACGCUUUUCUUCUGGAAAAUGCACACCUCUCAACUAAUUUUAUCUAUUUAUAUACAUUUUUAUCGUCCAUAAGACUGUUAGGUCGCAGUAACGUUACAUCAAAUGACAACGGUCCCACAGCUCACUUGUGGUUAGCUAUCGUUUGAAGAAGAUUAGAAGGGGCUUGCUCCCUACAAAUUCUUUCGUCUCCUGCUUUCGGAAUGUUUUCCAAAAAGCCUCAUGGGGACGUCAAAAAAUCUACACUGAAAGUGUUGGAUCCAAAAAAAGAUGUCCUGACACGUCUGAAACACUUGCGGAUUGUUAGUGAAAAUGCUGAGUCGGGGGAUCUGAAGCACUUCUUUGACCAGUACUACUCUCACAUCUACUAUGUGUUCUUUGAGAACUUUGUCACCAUUGAAGUCAGUCUCAAACAAAAAGGUCACAAAUCGCAAAGGGAAGAACUUGACUCCAUUCUAUUCAUAUUUGAGAAGAUUCUGCAACUCCUACCAGAGCGAAUACACGGACGAUGGCAGUUCCACAGCAUAGGCCUCAUCCUAAAGAAGCUGUUGCACACUGGGAACUCUUUAAAGAUCCGAAGGGAGGGUGUGCGUCUGUUCCUGUUAUGGAUGCAGGCCCUGCAGGGUAACGCACUGAGAGAGCAGCUAUGGAUAUUUGCCUGUCUGAUCCCAGGCUUCCCAUCCCCUCAGUCAGAGCUGGGACCCCGUACCCUGGACAACCUGGUGAACCCUCCUCUCAGCCUUCAGGAGACUCAAGUGACUCCAGAAGAGAUCAGUCCCCUGGUUCCUCCACAGUCAGGGGAUAAGGGCCAGGAAGACCUCACAGGAUACUUUCUGGAGGCUCUUCUGAAAUACAUGGUAAACCAGGCCAAAAGUCUGGAGUGGAAGUGCAAAGAUAACCACGAGAAGGGCUUCGCAUUCCUGUUUGGAAACUUCAAGAAAUAUUACCUGCCGCACAUAUUCCCUAACUUUUCCAAGGAGACCAGUUUGUACCAUCCCAUACUGGAGGUUCCAUCAAUGAGACCAAAGCCUUACUACAGUGUGGUGAAGAAAGACCCAGAGACCAACGAGGCAGUGUACUGUACCAAGGAGAGCCUCCUCAACGCCCGGGUCAUCUUCAUCCGCUGGCUGGUGUCCUUCUGGCUGGAGCCACGCUCCAACACUGGAACACACAUCCCCGGGGUGGACGGAGAGAGGGAGAGCGUGCCAAAGAACAUCCAGAGGGCAGCAGCUGGGCUGGCAGGGCGGGGACAUGGGCUAGGGGAUGACUUGGGCCCCAGGGCAGACAGCCUGGAUGGAGGGAUAGGUUGUGAGAAGGAGCAGUCCCACUCCAACACCUCCACCCUGACAGAGAGGGAGCCCAGCUCCUCCAGCCUGUGUAGUAUGGACGAGGAGCACCUCACUGACAUGGAGGUUGUGAGAAGAGUCCUCUGUUCCUCCAGGACCAAUGUCAACUUCAUCACUGAGAUUUUCCGACAGGCCUUCCUGUUGCCAAUGUGUGAGGCUGCAGCCAUGAGGAAGGUGGUGCGUGUGUACCAGGAGUGGUUUGCCCAGGAGGACAAACCUUUGUUUAUGAGGGAGCCGGAGGAGGAGAGGAUAUUUUCCACCGCCGGAGAGGUUAACCUGGAGCCUGUAACCCAGCAGGGCCCAGAGAAGGAAGAGAGGGUGAAUAAAGUGUCUGAGAAAGAGCUGCUGGAGUACAGUGUGCAUGCAGGUGUUCAGCCCACUCUUCAGGUGUUUGUCACCAACUCGGCCAAUGUGUUUCUGCUGGAACCAGCCAACGAGCUGAAGAUGCUGCUAGAGGAACAUGUUGACAUGUGCAAGAGAGUCCUUAACAUCUACCGCAGCCUGGUCAUGCAUGAAACCAUGGACCAGAAGACAUGGGAGCAGAUACUGCUGGUCCUGCUGAGGGUAACCGAAUGUGUGAUGAAGAGACCUCCCUCAAUCAUGCCCCACGGCAAGAAGAACAUGACCCUCUCAGGGAGACUGGCCGGGGCAGUCUUUCAGACCCUGAUAGUGGCGUGGAUCAAGGGGAACCUGAACGUGUACAUCUCCAGGGAGCUGUGGGACGACCUGCUGGCCGUGCUGUCCUCGCUCACCUGCUGGGAGGAGCUGGUCACAGAGUGGUCCCUCACCAUGGAGACACUCACCAAGGUUCUGGCCCGCAACCUGUACAGUCUGGACCUCAACGAGCUGCCGCUGGACAAGCUGAGCGAACAGAAACAGAAGAAACACAAAGGGAAAGGGGGAGCUCACGAGGGCCAGAAAAUGGCUGUGGACCGUUCGUUCUCUAAGGGCUGGAGCAGGGACCAGCCUGGGAGUGGGAGCGGCCAGGCAGCAGCCAUGAGGCAGCGCAGUGCCACCACCGCUGGCUCUCCGGGCAUGGAGAAGGCCAGGAACACCAUACGCCAGAAGACUGGGGCCCUGCGUAGCUGCUCUACGGGCGACAGCCUCCUGUCCCAAGCCUUUAUCCGCAGCGCUAAAAGUGCCCCUGUCCUCGUCCAUCACCACCACCCUCUCCUGCCUGACUCUGUCCUCACUCCCCUAGCUGACAAGCUGGCAGACAUGGACGAUCCCCCGAUGGCCUCUCGGACCCCCAGGAUCCGCCACUGCUCCCAGAGCGAGGAUACCCCGGCCUCAGAGUUGUUUUCGGCGUCUGGCGACCUGGACCCCCAGGGGUCCACGCUCCCCCGCAGCAGCAGCGCCUCCGACAUCAUGGAGCCCUUCAUCGCCGAGAGGGUCAAAGGUGCACUUCCUGUCCCUGACAGCCCCCCCUCUCACCCCACCACUGCUGUCUCUGUCCCCCACCACCACGCCCUGCACCCCCCCAAACCCCCCACUACCCUAGGUAGCAGCGUGGCCUCUCUGGAGGUGGGGGAUAGCAUCUAUGACCACCUGUGGCAGAUGAUAGGCCCCCGCCCCCUUGCCCCUGACUGGACGUGUGGUGGAACCUCCUUCUCCUCCACCCUCACCCAGUCCUCCGAGAGAGAGGAGGGCGGGGGGACUGAGGGUGAGGAGGACCUGCUUAGCUCUCUCAGGGAGUAUCUGAUGCAAAGAAGCCUGGAGGAGGGAGGUGGAGGGGGGGAGAGGGGUGGUCCUAGUGAGGCUGUGGAAGGUAGCACUGUGGCUGUGACGGUACAGUCAGGGUCACAGCAGGUCAGGAGACAGGUCCAGGUAAGGCAGCAGAGCAGCUUGGACUCAGCAGAGGAGGACAGUGCAGAGGCAGAGCCGCAGCCUCCUGAGAGGAGCAUUUAUGAGUGUCUGGAGCAGAGUGAUGACUGGGAGCUGGCCAGCAGGGGGUGCUCUAGUCUAGACCAGCAGGUAACUCCUCAGGGCACAGAGAAUAGGGGGGAGCCCCACUUGGUCAGGCAGAAUGCCACAGAGUGUGAGUAUAAUAACGAGACAGGAGGUUCAGGCCUACAAGCCCCUCAGCCCCUGCAGCAGUCCCAUUCUCUCCACCAUGCCCUCAAGCCCAGGUUGGUCCGGGGCAGGCUCAAAAAGCACCACGGGGGAGGGGUGCACGUCAGUUUCCGGCCCUCCACAGAGUCUGUCCAGUUCCACAACCCUCUAGACUCCAAGGAGGCCCACUGGAGGACCAGGCUGCGCCGCCUCAGCCACUUCAGCAGCCACUCUGUAGGAGUGGGGGGGUCUGGAGGGGCAGGAGUGGGUGGGUCAAAGGGUAAAGAGAGGUCAGGAGGGGAGGGGGUGAGCGGAAACGGGGAGCAGCCUGAUGGGGAGGCCAGUGGAGUGGGGGGUCAUGCGACAGGGCAAGGGCGUGUCCGUCUUGGGCGCUCUGCCCUUCGGCCCCGUGGGACCCGGUCCAGAUCCCAGGAUGCGGAAUCGGGGAUCAGUCCCUCUCGACAGCAGCAGGGGGCUCUGUUGGGCGGUGUGUAUAAAUCUGUGGUCCAUGCUCUCUCCAAGCCCAAGGCCCACGCCUCCGGCUCAGCGUCUCCCCAGCGGCACAGCAAAGCCCCCGGCGGGGCCACAGAGGCGCCCCUGAGGGACCUGUACACUCAUGUAUUGGGCUAUUUUGGAAGAAAAGCACCAGCCAACAAAGAGGAAACUUGUCAGAAGAUGCGGCCUGUGUCCAGUGACGCAGGCAACAGCAGCCAAAACUUUGGCGACCUGAUGGACGAGUUUAUCCAAGAGCGUCUGCGAGCGGGAGGCACCUCUGGUAUGACCAGGCGUGGCAGCAGCCCCGGUAGUCUGGAGAUCCCUAAGGACCUGCCAGAACUCCUGAACCGUCAAAACUCCACACGACCCGUGGACGACCCCGGCGUGCCCUCCGAGUGGACCUCCCCCGCCAGUGGCAGCAGCAGCGACUUAAUCAGCUCCGACAGCCAAUCGGACUCAUUUAGCGCCUUCCAGUAUGCCAACUGCAAGUUUGAAAAUUUCAGCUUUGGUCCAGAUGGCGUUGGUGCGGGGUCGUUGGACCAGGAUAACACUAGCCUGGCAGGAGUACCCCAGACUGCAGAGGAACAGGAGCUGUCCAGCCUCACCACCCUGCACAUUGACUCAGAGACCAGUAGUCUGAGCCAGCUUGGCCUGUCUGCAGAUACCGUCACCAUCACAGGUUCAGAGAGUGCGUCCCCGAUGCAUUCCCUGGGGGGUUCCCGCUCUCAGACCCCGUCCCCAGCCACGCUGACCUCUGAACAUGUAGCUCUGCAGCACAAGGACCUGCAGCUGGAUGAGAAACUACAUCGCUCUGUAGUACAGACUCCAGAUGACCUGGAAACCAGUGAGUUCCCUACAGAGGACUCCAGUGUGAUGGCUGGUGGCUCGCUGACCGGUUGGCACGCUGAUGUUGCCACGGUGAUGUGGCGGAGAAUGCUAGGCAUUCUGGGAGAUGUGAACACCAUUAAGGACCCAGAGAUCCACGCGCAGGUCUUUGACUACCUCUGUGAGCUGUGGCAGAACCUGGCCAAGAUCAGAGAUAAUCUGGGGAUCUCUCUGGACAACCAGUCGUCUCCUCCUCCCCCGGUCCUCAUCCCUCCCCUUCGGAUCCUCACCCCCUGGCUCUUCAAAGCGACCAUGCUGACUGAGAGGUACAAACAGGGAAAGCUGCACGCCUACAAGCUCAUCUGUAAGAUCAUGAAGAGGAGGCAGGACGUAUCGCCCAACUCUGACUUCCUCACACACUUCUACAACAUCAUGCACUGUGGCCUCAUGCAUGUCGACCAGGACAUAGUGAAUACCAUCAUUAAGCACUGUUCUCCUCGGUUCUUCUGCGUCGGCCUUCCUGGGGCCACCAUGCUCAUCCUGGACUUUAUCAUCGCAGCCAGCAGAGUCACAGCCUGCUCUUCGCUCAACGCCCCGCGGGUGGAGGCUCAGAUCCUGCUGGGUUCUCUGGUGUGUUUCCCUAACCUGUAUGAGGAGCUGCCCGCCCUGCACCCCACCACCGCUGACGUGGUCAUGACCAAGUUCAGAGACGUCAAGGAACACAUCAUCAAACACAUCCUGAGUUCAGCAAGAGAUGAGCCUUCAGCCCCAGCCAGGUGUGUGGCCCUGUGCAGUCUGGGUAUCUGGCUGUGUGAGGAAUUGGUCCACGGCACCCAACACACUCAGAUCAAAGAAGCCCUCAACGUCAUCUGUGUCACUCUGAAGUUUCCAAAUAAAACUGUUGCGCUGGUGGCCUCCGACAUUCUGCACUUGCUCAUAAACUAUGUCGAUGACCUUCAGAAAUUCCCCCCAGACACUCCAAAGAAAAUAGUUGAGAUCCUCAUAGCGACCGUCACUCACCUGCUCCCCACCACAGAAUCUUCACCUCAUGAACCAGACAAGAGGUUGGUGGUGUCUCUGCUGUUGUGCCUCCUGGAUUGGGUGAUGGCCCUGCCUCCUAAGACUCUGCUGCAGCCAGUCCAAACACUCAGCCCUCACAAGGACAAGCCAGACAAGUCUGUCCUCAGCUGUAUCUAUAAGGUGCUGCAUGGCUGUGUGUAUGGGGCCCAGAACUUCAACAGCCCCAGGUAUUUCCCCAUGAACCUGUCAGACCUGACCAGUCCUGACUACGACCCCUUCCUGCUGCUGGAGAGUCUGAAGGAACCAGAGCCCCUCCACUCCCCUGACUCAGAACGCUCCUCCAAACUACAGCCGGUCACCGAGGUGCGGAGCCGUAUCCAGCAUGGUCUGAUCUCCAUCGCAGCCAGGACAGUCAUCACCCACCUCGUCAACCACCUUGGCCACUACCCCAUGUCUGGAGGCCCUGCCACCUUGACCAGCCAUGUCUGUGAGAACAUGGACAACCCCUACAGCGAGAGCCCUGACCUCGCCCCAGAGCUCUUCGAUGGGCCCAACCUACAGUUCUUUGUCCUGAAUGGUACCACCCUCCUGUCCUGUCUCCAGAUCCGGGCUGAGGACGGUGUGCCCGGAGGUGGGAUGUCUGCAGGCCUCACCACGACCAGCGCCUGUGUGAGGGUUAUUGUUAGGGAUAUCUCCGGCAAACACUCGUGGGACUCGGCUGUACUGUACGGCCCGCCUCACUGUGGUGCUCCUAACCAGCCCCUGCACCUCUACAGUAAAAGACCUACAGAGAGAACAAAUACAGAUGGGGAGAAGAACCGAGCAGGGGAGCUUGGAGAGAGGGAAGAGGGGGCUGCACUGGAGGAGGAGGAGGAAGAAGAAGAGGUGGUUGUGGUGCUGGGAGAGGAUGAACUGGGAGAGGAGGAGCAGGGGGAGGCUGUGGAGGAGGAAGAAGAGGGGGAGGAGGAAGGUGCCUUGGAGCUGAUGGCCCCGCAGGCCAAGCGUGUGUGUCGGGAGGUGGUUCCGUCGUGGGACUCCCUACUAGAAGAUGACGUUCUAGAUGAGAUGCUGCAGUACCUGGGCUACUCCAGCCCCGAGUGUCUGCAGCGUGCCGGUGCCCCCCUCAACAUCCCCGCCCCGCCCCCUGUCUGCGUCUCGGAGAAGCAGGAGAACGACGUGAUCAAUGCCAUCCUGAAGCAGUGUGCUGAGGAGAGGGAUUUUGCGGUGCACAGGGGGAAUGGGCUGAACAUGAGGGCUGUGGAGCAGGGGGAGCCGGAGCCCCACAGGCCCCAGUCCGCCUUUUACUACUGCAGGCUGCUACUCAACAUCCUGGGCAUGAACUCCUGGGAGAAGAGGAGCAACUUCCAUCUCCUGAAGAAGAACGAGAAACUGCUUAGAGAGCUGAAGAACCUCGACUCCAGGCAGUGUCGAGAGACUCACAAGAUAGCCGUGUUUUACGUGGCGGAGGGGCAAGAGGACAAGCACUCUAUCCUGUCUAACACCAGUGGUAGUCAGGCCUACGAGGACUUUGUCUCUGGGCUGGGCUGGGAGGUGAAUCUGACCAGUCAUUGUGGCUUCAUGGGAGGUCUUCAGAGGAACAAGAGCACGGGUCUGACCACGCCUUACUUCGCCACCUCUACCGUCGAGGUCAUGUUCCACGUCUCCACACGCAUGCCUCCCGACUCUGACGACUCACUCACCAAAAAGCUACGCCAUCUUGGGAAUGACGAGGUGCACAUCGUUUGGUCGGAGCACUCCCGAGACUACAGGAGAGGCAUCAUCCCCACGGAGUUUGGAGACGUCCUCAUCAUCAUCUACCCCAUGAAGAACCGCAUGUACAGCAUCCAUAUCCUCAAGAAGCCAGAGGUCCCAUUUUUCGGGCCGCUGUUUGAUGGAGCCAUAGUGGAUGAGAAGAUCCUUCCCACCAUGGUCCGGGCUACAGCCCUCAAUGCCAGCAGGGCUCUAAAAUCCCUCAUCCCCCUCUACCAGAACUUCUACGAGGAGAGAGCCCGUUACCUGGAGACCAUCGUCCAGCACCACCUGGAGCCAACCACCUUCGAGGACUAUGCAGCGAGGGUCUUCUGCCCCGCCCCCUACCACCACCACCUCUCAGACCCAGAUCAUAAUCUAUCACUUGUGUAUAUCUAAAGAGAGCUUGAUAUUUCUGCUCCUUCCCAAAACUCCACUAGAAAACAUUGGGCUCGGCAAGGUAAAGGGCAAAGGCUUGAAACGGAAGGUCUUUCAUGCUAGCUGUGAAUGGUACGCUGAAACAUGAACACGGCAAAGUACCUUUUUUCUUGUUCCUUCUUAACCUGUUUCCAUCUUCUUUAGUGUCCUGUGCAUUGUUCUCUGACGGUCUAGGUGUCAUAUCCCUGUGUUUUAAUAUUACCACCAUAGUUGUUUGGAUUCAUUUCAUGCACAUUGAUGCUUUGAUUCAUCACGGUUAAAAAAGAGCUAACUGUAUUCUCUGUAUAAUACAGUCACUAAAACACAAGUCAAAACAAUGAUUUUCAAAGAGAUGUAACACCUCUACCACUAUAGUAGAAAUUGAAGUGCAUGUACUGACUUUCCCCUCGCUUUCCUUAGACUAAGGCUAAUAUGAGCUGGGGACUAACCUCAGAAAGGCAGGGUGUAGACUGGAGGAGUAAGAUCCAGUAGUAUUGGGGGGGGGGGGGCCUUCAGCAUUGCUGUUUUAUUAUUGAAUGUAGUGGGUUGGCUGGGCAGGGGACUCUAAUAUCUGUGCUCUCCUUCCCUCCCUCUGUUUCUUCCCCUAUCCUUCAUCCCUCCCUCUCUCUCCUUCCAAAGGCUCAUGCCUCGAGAGUCAGGAGGGAGAAAGUCCAGCAGCACUGCAGCUAGACGGGGCCGACCAGUUAGCCUCGCCAAUGUCCCCUCGUACUAGCAAGAGCCGCAUGUCCAUGAAGCUCCGACGCUCCUCCGGCUCGGCCAAUAAGACCUGAUCGGACUUUCCCUCCGCUGAUCGUCCUCCAUGCAACGCCCUGCAUGAGGUCACAGCCUUCAGACAAACCGACUGACUCUCUGUACUGUAUAGCAAAGGACUGCACUGCAACUACCAGCCUUUACCUGCUAACAGCGCUGCAUCGCAUGUUAUGUACCCCCACUAUAUGGACAUGGACACGCCUGCCCUGCAGGGUCAGAAUCAGCAUCAACCCUACUGCACCACCCUUCCAAGAUGCAGGAUAAGGCCUUCAACAGAGCCAGACCCUCAGGGGCCAGCCCAGGGGCACCCAGGACUCAGCUUGUGGUAGCAGGGCCUCCAACAGAAUAAACAAGUCCCCUGGGCAAGGUUAGCUAACUAUGCUCACUACCACCUCAAACUUUACACAAAAUAUAAUAUACUUAGAUAUAUAAAAGAAGCAGCAUCGGUUUGGUUUUGUACAGAAAGCAUAAAGGCAACAUGAGAGAUGUGUGUUCAUUGUAAGUAGCAUUGUUGAUGGUUGAAAUCACUUGAUAUUAGACUGAGAUGAUGAACUAUAGUGUGGUCUUUCUCUGCUGUUGUAGCUGAGCAGAGUGGCUAAUAUCCUGUCCUCCCUGCUCUCUGGGCACCUGACUCUGCACCCACUAGGAAAGGGAUUGUAAGAGUUUCUAAGAAAAAACAAAGAAACACAAAGUAAGAAGCUAAUUUGUCAUAUUUGGUCACUGUGUCCACCGUGAGACAAAUUUAUAUAUAUAUUUGUAUUAUAUUCUGUAUAUACAGGAGUUGUCACUUUCUUUAUGCUUGGACUGAAGCAAUGUCAGCCAGUGUUCAAAGAUGAGAUGAACGUUUUGAAGUUGGAAAAGUUUGUUUCUAGAAUUCUGAGAUGGAAAUUGUUUGGUUAAAGUGAAGCACUUACAUUUUGGUUUUUGGUUUUCACGCUAAACGUGCGACUGAGUUUGACUUUCUGAGUUCUUUUGAGGGUCACGUGUAUUUUUUUUUUUUUUGAAUCGAGAUUGUAAAGUAGUUUUUCACCUGAUAAAGAAUGUUACUGAUGAUUUACUUUUGUUCAUAUACAAUGUGUUGUAUUGAACCAGCCCUUUUUUCACUUAUGAUGACUAUAUUAUAUAUAUGAGAAUACAUAUUUAAGGUGUAUAGUGUUGAGGACCAUAUCUGGUCUGUGUACAGAUUUGAAUAUAGCUGCCAACAAAAAAAAAACUAGAUGUCUAUUAACUUUAAGAUACGUAGACCAACGGUUGGAUGUGUGAUCAGAUCUUCUGCUUGUGUUUCAUAUAAGAGGUCUUCUGACUCGGACAUCAUCACAAAGCUUGCCUGCUGAAGUUGGCCAAUACAACACUGUACUGUAGCUUUGUCCACAGCUAGAAAAAGCUCAUUGCUGUUAAGGUUCGUGUGUCUGUCUGUGCAACAACACAAAUGAAAGAGGACCAUCUCCUAUGAUAUGGAGACAUUCCCUCCUGUAAAGUAUUGGUAUUAACACAGUAUGUACUGUAUAGGAGCUUAAACAACCAUAUACCGUUUCUUCACUGUCCAGCUCGCCAAUAAUCACCUAAAUUAAAUCUAGACAGUCAGGAAGUAUCGAAACAAUUAGCAAGACGGUUGUCUAUUUUUUGCAAAUUUGGACUUUGAGGAAAUAUAAAACAUUUUCAGUGUGGCCCUCUGGACCUCGUUGAAGACCGAAUGCCGUCCCUGGGGCAAAAUGAGUUUGACACCACUGUUAUUUAUUUGGGUUCUACUGAAACUCACGCUAGGGUCUCUGCGGGUGGGCUUCACAGCAAGCCAAUUUGUCGUGAACACUCCUCUACUGUCCCCUUCAUGUAUUGUAGCAGGUCUUCAUCGUGGUCUUCCACCCUGGCCUGCUUCUCCAACAACACCUGUACCUGGGUCGUUCUUGAGUUCCGAUGGCGUUUUGGGGGGGAAUCAUUUUUUAUAUUUUUUAUUUACAUGUAUUUGGGUACAUCUUCCUGUCUAAAUCAGCUAAUAUGGCAGCUUAAUGACUUUAAAUCAUGUUUACCAUUAUGAUAGCAUUGUGCCACCCGUAGGAGUAGUAGCACUGAUGAGACAUUUUAGGUUGAGGAUUUUCUUGUAAAGUCAUUAAAAAUAUAAAUAAUUUACUAAAGUGAUAUGAUUAAUAAUUUUGCUCACAAUGUAAUUUCCUUUCAUUUAAAUUGAGUAACACCUGUUGGAUUUAAACACCAAAUUAUCACUGAAAUCCUCAAAUGUAUGACAUACUUAAAGGGUGUGAUUAGCUAAACAUUUUCUUUAAUACAGACCCCUCCCUGAUAAGUUUGCCACUGGAGGGAAUGCUCAAGGUCGUUGUAUAUCUUUGCAAUGAGUGAUUUUCAAGGCGGUAACACCAAUGACAUAAAACUGAUGGACAGUUUAUUUUUAAAUAGCCUGUUUUUAUUGAUCUAUACCCGGGAUGGGCAACUCCAGUCCUCGGGGGCCUGAUUGGUGUCACACUUUUGCCCCCACCCCUAACUCCAUUAAUCAAAGAAUCAUGAUCUUCAGUUUAGAAUGCAAUUAGUUCAAUCAGAUGUUAGGUAUAGGGAUGGGGGAAAAAGUGUGACAGCACUCCAGCCCCCGAGGACUGGAGUUGCCUAUCCCUGAUCUAUACAAUCUAUUAAAUACUUUUGUUCACUAUCUAGUAUUCAAAAUAAUCGAUCACUAAAUCCCCAAAACAUGUCAAUACAACUCUACAUCACUACUGGAAAAAGCCCAUUAGCUUAUCCUUUGUACUUUAAACAAUGCAUAAACAUAACGUUUUGCAGUAUAAAGGACUUACAUUAUGUUUUAGUAUUGAUGAACUGUUCCCUAUAAACAAAAAAACAUGUAUGAUGUGUAACUUUUUGUCAUUUUAAAGUGUGUUUCGUGGUUGCGAAGGCAAGGGAGGCAAAUCCCACUGCAAUUCAAGAACGACCCACCCCUUUGUCACUCCAGUUGCCAACUGUGUCCAACUUUACGACACACUAACAGAGCAAACACUGCAUUUUUAUCUUUGAAUUCUGCUAUUAUUUUUUGUUAUACUUUAUCGUUAUUUGCUUUCAGCUAUAGGUUCUCUGCUAGAGAGGAAAGGGAUUGUAAAUACCUUUUUUGGACCUUUUUGGUUGUAAUAUCUUUUAAAAACUGCUGCCAUGUCUAAGGUCAAAUUCAUGUUAUUUUUGUGUUACGUUUGAAUAUAUGAGCUUGAAGUCCGUUCCGAUAGUUAUUAUUAUUAUAAGAUGACCAAGGAUGAGAAAUAAAAACUUGCCAGAGAGAGUGAGGAAAUCAUGCUGCAUCCUUACUUAAAGCUGAGGAGAUUGGAUAAGAUUGGUUUGCUCUCUCCCUACACUCAGACCGGACUGAAACGUGUACAUACUGUAAAGUUUUUUAAAAAAUGACUUGCUCAUUUAUGGAGUUAUACUGUAUGUUACUACUGACCAAAUACUGCAUGAUGCCAGUAAGCCUACUAACUGCAUGUGUUGGUAUAACAUCUACACACACGCGCACACACAAUCACACAAAAUGAAAUGGUAUUGGCAUACUUGUAUCUAUCUAUACGUUUGUAAUGGCUGUCCAGAAAGAGAGUGGGUGUGCAAUGGAAUUUGACAAUAAAAAGUAUUCUUACCA